ACCAACAAUAUGAAAGGCUCUGAAAUUAGCCCAGAAAAGAAAAAAAAAGUGCAAAUACCAGCUAGGAGACUUCGUGAGGUCGUUUCUCCAAAUCUGGGAGAUAAUUUGACUUUGCUGAAAGAUGAGUUGCCUUGUGUUCCUCCUGCGUUGUCUGCAAAUAAACGUCUUCCUAUGAAAACGAGGAAUGGCUUGAAUGGAACACUACACGCAGAUGAUAUAUUUAUUUCUCAGUAUACCAUGGGACAGAAGGAUGCACUAAGAGAAGUUUUAAAGCAAAAAACUCAAAGCAUGCCUAUUUUUAAGGAAGUAAAGGUACAGCUUUUAGAAGAUGUAGGCACAGAAAAGGACACUGUUACUCAGGAGACUGGAACAUCACCCAGUGGAAUUGAUUCAGCUGCAACUGUGGCUGCAGCAACUGCCGCCGCCAUUGCAACAGCAGCUCCACUGAUAAAAGUACAGAGUGAUUUGGAAGCAAAAGUAAAUUCUGUUACAGAAUUACUUAAUAAGUUACAGGAGACUGAUAAACAGUUGCAGCGUGUUACAGAGCAGCAAACAAACAUUCAGAAUAAACAUGAGAAACUUCAUUGUCAUGAUCAUGAAAAGCAAAUGAAUGUGUUUAUGGAGCAGCACAUUAGGCAUCUUGAAAAACUGCAGCAACAACAAAUAGAUAUUCAGACUCAUUUUAUUAGUGCUGCACUCAAGACUAAUAGUUUUCAGCCUGCUAGUAUACCUGCUUUCAAAGCAGUUGAAAAGUAUUCUGUGGAAGCAGAGCAUCCUAAUCUUAGUAGCAGUAAUGUAUCUUCACAUAACGCAUUCAUUUUCAAACAAGCACCUUUAAGAGAGGUUGAAGAUACAGGUUUUGAUAAACAGAAAUCACCUUUGGAGACACCAGCACCUCGGAGGUUUGCUCCUGUGCCUGUUUCAAGGGAUGGUAACAUAUCAAGGAGAGAAUAUCCUAUGGAAGAAAAAGAAAAUAUGGAGGUGUCAGGUCAUAGAGGAAAUGUAAGACUGUUGGAACAAAUUUUGAAUAGCAGUGAUACUCUAACAGGAAAAUGUGAAUCUUCAGAAAAAUCCUCAGUAACUAUGUCAAAUGUAGGAUGGAAUCCUGAGAGGAAAGACAGAUUUCCUUCCUGUGAAGAGCCAGGAACAACUAAAGUGACUAUGCAGAAAUCUGAUGAUGACCUUCACGAUCUUCACCAAAAGAAGAGUGGAACAACUGACAUGCUUCAGCCAAAAGCAUCUUUGAUUAUGUCAAGGCUCACUGAUCUUCCACAGAAUUCAGUUAAACUUCAGACAACUAAAACAACAAGAUCCGUAUUGAAAGAUGCAGAGAAGAUUUUGAGAGGAGUACAAAACAAUAAAAAAGUACUUGAAGAAAACUUGGAAGCUAUUAUUCGUGCAAAGGAUGGAGUUGCCAUGUAUUCGUUUAUCAGUGCUCUGUCUACCAAUAGAGAGGUGUCAGAGAAGAUUCGGAUCAAAAAGAUAGUAGAUGAGUGGAUUAAGACUAUUUCUGCAGAAAUUCAGGAUGAGCUGGCAAGGAAAGAUUACGAACAAAAGAGAUUUGAUCAGAAGAAUCAAAGGACCAAGAAAGCACAAAAUAUGAAUCAAAAUACUAAAACCAGCAUUCAAGACAAAACCAUGAAGAAUGCCAUAAUUCCAGGAAAACAUUGUCAAAAACAAGCAGAGGAGUAUUUUAGAAAUCCACCUAUGAAGAACAUGCCUGCUUCAAGCUUACAGAAGGAGAGAAAAGAAGGACUUUUGAAAGCAACCACAGUGAAACAAGAUGAGAGUUAUAUGUUACAAAUUUAUGGAAAACCAGUUUAUCAGGGCCAUCGCAGCACUCUUAAGAAAGGACCAUAUCUCAGAUUUACUUCUCCUUCUCCCAAAUCCAAACCACAGAUACCAAAAGUAAUAGAACGAGUUAAAGGCACUAAAGUCAAGUCAAUAAGAACACAAACUGACUUUUAUACAACAAAACCUGUGAAGGUGGAUUCUAAAAUACAGCACUCUCUUACUGCCCUGCCUCAUGUUGAUCAGCAGCAGUAUGUGUUUAGCCCAAGCAGAGAACUCCCUACUCAUUCAGGUACACUGGAAGGUCAUCUAAUUCCUAUGGCAAUUCUUUUAGGACAAACCCAGAGUAAUAGUGAUUCCAUGCCACCUGCUGGAGUCAUUAUAAGCAAGCCACACCCUAUAACAGUGACUACUUCUAUUCCUCCAUCAUCUCGAAAACCAGAAACUGGAGUAAAGAAACCUAACAUAGCAGUUGUAGAGAUGAAGUCAGAAAAGAAGGAUCCUCCUCACCUUACUGUUCAGGUAUUACCCAGUGUAGAUAUUGACAGCAUUUCUAAUGGUAGUGUUAAUGUCAGUCCAUCUCUUCCUACUCCCAAAGAAGCAUCUUCUCCUCCUUGGCAAGCCUGGAUACAGACUGCAGAAAUGACGAAGGUAGAUGAAGAAGAAGUGAAGUUUCCAGGAACCAACUUUGAUGAAGUAAUUGAUGUUAUACAGGAAGAAGAACAAUGUGAUGAAAUUCCAGAGUGCUCUGAACCAAUUCUGGAGUUUAACAGAAGUGUUAAAGUUGCUCCUACAAAAUAUAAUGGUCCUCCGUUUCCACCAAUUGCUUCUGAUUUUCAGCCCACUGCUCAUAUUCUUGACAAAGUAAUUGAGAGAAAAGAAACAGUGGAAAAUAGCUUAAUUCAGUGGGUAGAACAAGAAAUAAUGUCAAGGGUUAUCUCUGGGCGCCUCCCAAUCCAGCAACAGAUCACACCAAAUGCCAGUGUUUCAGUCAGUGAGGAAAGUGAACCACCGAUCCCUGACAUUAUGGACGGAGCAAGCAGUGGCACCCUUCAGCUUUUUGUUGAUGCAGGGGUUCCUGUGAAUUCAGACAUGAUUACCCAUUUUGUGAAUGAAGCUCUUGCAGAGACCAUUGCUGUCAUGCUGGGUGACAGAGACGCCAAGAGGCAAAGUCUUACUGCUACAGGUGUUCCUGGGGAUGUUUCAACAAGCGAAACAUACUUGCCAGCAAGAGUGUGUACCCCAGUGGCUACCCCACAGCCUACUCCUCCUCAUUCACCUUCAUCACCUUCUAAGGAGCAUGUGUUGGUCAAAACUCCAGAUUCAUCUCCCUGUGAUUCAGGUCAUGAUGAAGCUUUUCCUGUGAAAGAAGUAUUUACUGAAAAAGGAAAUGAUAUACCUGCCACAACACUUGUUAAUACACCAACAGUUACUCCUGCUACUACACCUCCUCCAGCAGCAGCUCUUACCCCAACUUUGUCAGAGAUUUCCAUUGAUAAAUUGAAGAUAUCAAGCCCAGAGCUUCCACAACCAUGGGGUGAUGGAGACCUGCCUCUGGAGGAAGAGAAUCCUAACUCUGUUAAUGAAGAACCUAUUCACCCAAGAGCUAUUGUUAUGUCUGUGGCUAAGGAUGAAGAACCUGAGAGUGUGUAUUUCCCUGCUCCACCUGCACCUGUAGAGCCAAUUCCCUUGACACCAUUUCCUGAUGCUGCCAAGGCCCCUUCCUCCAUACAGAUGCCCAGUUCAGAGUCAUCUACACUGGAGAGCACCUUAAGCAUAACUGUCACAGAAACUGAAACUUUAGAUAGACCCAUCUCUGAAGGAGAGAUUUUAUUUAACUGUGGUAAAAAAUGGGCUUCCAAGAUUUUAGGAAAUGGGGAAGUGUAUCCGACAAACCUAAAUGAUAGCUUAUCCAGUACUCUACAUGAUGCGCUUGAAAUGGAAGAUGAUUCUCUUAGUGAAGGACAAGUGAUUAGGAUGCCCCAUAAAAAAUUUCAUGAAGAUGCAGUUUUUUCUCUUCUUGCUAAACAAAACCAGAAAUCAUUGAUUUCACAGCAAGCAGUCUGUCAUUCAGAGGACUUGGAAAAUGGUGUGGGUGAAGUUAGUGAAGGACAGCGGCCCAGACUGACCGCAGCAGCAGAGAACCUCUUAAUGGAACAUUCUGCCUAUAGGCGGCAGCCUAUCGCUAAUGCAGAGUCUUUGGAUCAAAAAGAUGAGCCUAAACCAUUAUCUCAGCAAUUUGACAUAGUUUCAGUAGAAGUGCCAUACCAACAAAAGAAAGACCAGGAUGUUGAACACAAACAAGUUGAACACAAACCAGCACAAAGUCGCUUAAUACGUGUAAAAAGUAAAUCUGAUAUUUCACUUUCACAGCAACAAGCUUCACCAGGUGAUAUGGAUCGGAGACAAAUCGAGCCUAAGCUAUAUCUUGGAUCUGUAUCUACAGGUACCACCUGCCAAGAUGUCAGUGACACUGCCCUCAGUCAACCUCGAGGACGGCUCUCAGUCUCUGAUCGUCAGCACAAUUCAGGGUGACACAGACUCCUCAGGAGCAGACAUGUUCUGAGUGGGAACGAGAAACAAGCACAGUAUGUGUGCCACUGGUUUUGA